UUUGACGUAUAAGAGAUGGAGCAAAAGAAUAUGUUGUUAUCAGCUUUGGGUGUGGGCAUAGGUGUUGGAGUUGGAAUUGGUUUGGCUUCAGGGCAGACAGUUAGCAGAUGGGCUGGUGGAUCUGCUGCUAAUGUUAUUACACCCAUUAUUAUGGAGCAAGAGAUGCUUAAUCUCAUAGCUAAUGGCAAAGAUAGUAAAGUCACUUUUGAUGAGUUUCCAUACUACCUAAGUGAGCAAACAAGGGUGUUGUUGACAAGUGCUGCUUUUGUUCAUUUGACAAAUGCCGACUUUGCUAAGCAUACUCGCAACCUCUCCCCUGCUAGUCGAACAAUUUUGCUGUCAGGGCCUGCUGAACUUUAUCAACAAAUGCUUGCCAAGGCAUUGGCUCAUUACUUUAAUGCCAAGCUGUUGCUACUGGAUGUAACUGAUUUUUCACUGAAGAUGCAAAGCAAAUAUGGAGGAACAUGCAAAGAAUAUUCUUUUAAAAGGUCUGUAUCGGAGACAACUUUGGGGCGAAUGUUUGGAUCCUUUUCCAUGCUUCAGCCUAAGGAGGAAAACAAAGGCACAUUGCGUAGACAAAGCAGUGGAGUUGAUAUCGGAUCAAAAGAUGGGUCUUUAAAAGCUACAAAUAUGCGUAGGAACGCAUCUGCCUCGGCGAAUUUGAAUAAUUUUACUUCAUAUGGCUCAUCAGGAAAUCCAGCUCCACUUACGCGCAACAGUAGCUGGUCUUUUGAUGAGAAGCUUCUUAUACAGACCUUGUACAAGGUUCUUGUCAAAGUAUCAAAAACCAGUCCCAUUGUUCUGUAUCUCAGGGAUGUUGAGAAAGUCCUUUGUAGAUCAGAAAAGAUAUAUGUGUUAUUCCAGAAAAUGCUGAAGCGAUUAUCUGGAGCUGUUCUGAUCCUUGGUUCAAGAAUUGUGGACCCUGGAAAUGAUUAUAGGGAAAUAGAUGAAAGGCUUUCUUCAAUAUUUCCCUAUAACCUUGAAAUCAAACCUCCAGAAGAGGAAACCCAUCUUGUUAGUUGGAAGUCUCAACUAGAAGAGGAUAUGAAGAUGAUCCAGUUUCAGGACAACAGAAAUCACAUAAUGGAAGUACUUUCUGCUAAUGAUAUAGAAUGUGAAGAUCUAGGUUCAAUUUGUAUGGCGGACACCAUGGUCCUCAGUAACUAUAUAGAAGAAAUUGUGGUAUCAGCAAUCUCGUACCAUCUGAUGAAUACAAAGGACCCUGAAUACAGAAAUGGGAAGCUUGUUAUUUCAUCUUCAAGCUUGUCCCAUGGAUUGGACGUAUUUCAGGAAGGAAAAUCUGCUGGGAAGGAUACCUUAAAGCUCGAAGCACAAGCUGAAACAUCGAAGGAUGCUCAGGGCCCAGAAACCAGUAUUGCAAAACCCGAAGACAAAACUGAAGGUAUCCCCCCAGAAACAAAAGGUGAAGCUGAAGCUCCUGCCCCUCCAGUAAAGGAUGGAAACGUUUCAACUCCAGCGCCAAAAACUCCUGAAGUCCCCCCUGACAAUGAAUUUGAGAAGCGCAUAAGGCCUGAAGUCAUACCAGCAAAUGAAAUUGGUGUGACAUUUGCUGAUAUUGGUGCCCUGGACGAACUCAAAGAAUCUCUUCAGGAAUUGGUGAUGUUGCCCCUGAGGAGACCGGACCUAUUCAAAGGUGGCCUUUUGAAGCCAUGCAGAGGAAUACUGCUAUUUGGGCCCCCUGGCACAGGGAAGACUAUGCUGGCGAAGGCCAUCGCGAGAGAAGCUGGAGCAAGUUUCAUCAAUGUGUCUAUGUCUACAAUUACUUCAAAAUGGUUUGGAGAAGAUGAGAAAAAUGUCCGUGCCUUGUUCACUCUUGCGGCUAAGGUCUCUCCCACUAUUAUCUUUGUGGAUGAGGUUGAUAGCAUGCUUGGCCAGAGAUCUAGAGCGGGGGAGCAUGAAGCUAUGCGGAAAAUAAAGAAUGAGUUCAUGACUCAUUGGGAUGGGUUACUGACAAAAGCAGGUGAAAGAAUUCUUGUUCUUGCUGCUACCAAUAGGCCAUUUGACCUUGAUGAAGCAAUUAUUAGGCGUUUUGAGAGAAGAAUUAUGGUUGGUUUACCAUCAGCAGAGAACAGGGAAAUGAUCAUGAAGACUCUAUUGGCCAAGGAGAGAGUUGAUGAAGGAUUGGACUUCAAGGAGCUGGCGACUAUGACUGAAGGUUACUCUGGAAGUGAUCUUAAGAAUCUGUGCACCACUGCUGCAUACCGGCCAGUUAGAGAGUUGAUACAGCAAGAAAGACUCAAAGACAUAGAGAAGAAGCGCAGAGCUGAGGAAGCUAAGAAUGCUGGAGUUGCUCCACCUACAGAUGCAGAUAAGGAGGAUAGGGUGAUCACUAUCCGGCCUUUGAAUAUGGCAGACUUCAAAGAAGCCAAAAAUCAGGUUGCGGCUAGCUUUGCAGCCGGUGGAUCGAUAAUGAGCGAGCUAAAACAAUGGAAUGAGUUAUAUGGGGAAGGAGGAUCAAGGAAAAAAGAGCAGUUAUCUUAUUUUCUGUAGGAUAGCUAUAUUGCAUCUUCCUGCACCCUUCUCGACCCCUCAUACAGUAUGCAUCUUUGGGGAUUCAAGAUGCUGACAAAAGAAAGAAGUUGUUACAGAGGUGAUAAGUAUAUCUCAGAUGAUUAGAGAACAGUCGUAGAGAUCAAG